CACGAACUGUUCUCUGUCAUGCUUUAUUUGCAAAAGGAUCAACCACUUUUUUGUUCAUUUCUUUUUUUUAAAUGUACAAGCCCUACAUACAAGUGUUAAAAAGUGUUUGUUUACAAAAACUACAAUUCCCACAAACCAACGGACCGGUUACGGCUCUACGUCUGUGCCCUCGUAGGGGAGCAGACACUGCACUGUGCGAUCGAGAAGCCGGCCUCGGUGUUGGUUAGAGUGUGUGUUGCAGGGUGAUUCAGGAUGGUGGACCAGCCUCUUUGGGAGCAGAUAGGAUCCAGCUUUGUGCAGCACUACUACCAGAUGUUUGACUCUGACAGAUCACAACUCGGAUCCAUAUAUAUCGAUGCAUCAUGCCUCACUUGGGAAGGACAGCAGUUCCAAGGAAAAAGAGCGAUUGUUGAAAAGCUCACUGGUCUACCCUUCACAAAAAUAGCGCAUAGUAUAACAGCGCAGGACCACCAGCCGACUCCAGACUGCUGCAUUUUGAGUAUGGUUGUAGGACAGCUAAAAGCAGAUGACGACCCUAUCAUGGGUUUCCACCAGAGUUUCAUCCUGAAGAACAUUAACGACGCGUGGGUGUGCACCAAUGACAUGUUCAGGCUGGCCAUUCACAACUUUGGAUAACUCCCCCUUCCCCACUCUGGUGGGCAGGGGCGGCCAUAGUGAAGGGCAUCACGUGAUGAAGUACGGAGGGAGGGGAAGGGAGAGAGGAAGAGGGAACACUCGUCCCUCCCUCCUGCUGUCUCAUUUACGCCUGCUUGACAAAACAAGCAACCACCGGAUUCUAGAUGUCAAUCACUGAACCUCAUCCAGGUGGUUUCUUUUUUCAGACCACCACAGCCAGUAGAACUGCGACGCGUUUCUUUGUUCAAAGCCGCCGGCGAACCAAUCAGAAGCCCCUGUCUGCCACUCCGCUGAUCUGCAUGGUCCUGGGAGCCCCCCUCAUUAGAAUAUCCACCCUCAAACAGACGACAUCCAUUCAUGCCCUGUUCUCCACUUUACUUAAUCCUUACACACUGCUGUUGACUGCACUCAGUUCUGUUAGCACUGUCAUUGACCGGUUUGUAAAUCCGUGUUCAGGUUCAUCAGUUCUUGUGUUUAAGUUGUUUUUAGAUCCUACUUGUGUGUUGCCUAAUUGUGUUUUAUUAACUUUGCCAUGAGUCGCUGUCAUGCCAGGUUUUGCUCUUGCAAACCAAAGAAACAUGGAGGACAUAAAGUCUCACCAUGCUGUGUGAUUGGCUCCUGCAUUUUCCCUCUUUUUCUCCAUCUCUUUUGCUCUCUGUCUCUCACACGUCUGGCAUUUAAAAUGGACAUCAGCCGCCAUAGACAAUAAAACCUGGACUUUUUUCUUAA